AAUUCUGUCAAUUGUUAUGUCGAUUACUAAUUGCUUAUUGAUUUAGAACUCAAACGACCAUGAUAAAGACUGGAGGCAGGGCAUAUUUGACGCAUACACAUUGGACUAUGCUCGAACACAGCCGCUGCUAAGAAACCUGCGCGAGGCUGACACGACAGAAACCGCAAGGUGCAAGCGAAGCUAUGACUUUUGGCCGGUCAGUAAGAAACCGUAUGGCACAUUCAAGAGUCAGCAAGACGAUCUGAACGAUGCGCUGGCGAUUCGAGGCUGCAUUCUUUUUCCGAAUAACACAGCCACCUGUCGACCCGGAGUCUACGCGCACCCGAAAGACUGGCGACAACAGAAACACGUAGUUGACGACAAGAUUCGCAUCCUGCGACAUCGUCUCCACAAUCUGAAGGAUCUCCGCAAGCAUCUGAAAGAAGGUCGACCUGAUAGCCAAGUCCUGUCGUACACCAAUUCGUAUUGGCAGCCUGAUGGUGAACCUUCGGCGAGCGCGUCGGAGUCGUCGACGUCUACCAGUCACGGUAUUGACGCGUACGUUGAUGACGACGUAAUCACUCAAGUCUGUUCCUGUCAACUACUCAAUGAUCGCGACCCGACAAAUCACCCGUUGAAGAGGCUGCGGCAGUCAGAGAUGACCGAUGCGGACUUGCUACAACUAGCCGAAAGAGAUGGCAAGGGUCGGGCAGGAAAAAAGAAAGCAAAGGGCAAGUCGGUCGAAAAGUCGGACAAGCGCCGUAAAGGGAAAGUAAAACACGACGACUGUAACGUGCCGAAUUUGAAUUGUUUCACGCAUGACAACAGUCACUGGCGAACUGAACCUUACUGGACUCUAGGGCCUUUCUGUUUCUGUCAGAAUUCUUACAACAAUUCCUACUGGUGUCUUCGUACGGUGAAUUCAACGCACAACUUCUUGUACUGCGAAUUCGUCACCGGUUUCAUCAGUUUUUACGAUAUGACGAAGGACAAGUACCAGUUGCACAAUAUUGUCUACGACUUGAGCAUCCCGGUGGUCGAACAGCUCAGCGCGCAGCUGGAGAAUCUUCGUAAAUGUCAAGGCGUCGUAGAAUGCGAAAGCUAUGGUAAAAGCUAA